AGAGAGAAAGACUGGGAGAUGUUCUAAGUGUUUUAGGGCAAAAGCUAACAAACACAUUGCAGACUCGGGAUGGUUUCGUUCACCUAUAUAUAAGAGCCCGCGAUACAUAUGUUGAGAAAGGCGGGCCUCCCUCUCAAAUGUCCAAUUUAUACCUAUGUUCACCAAAUCCAAAACGCCCGCCAUGUAUUUUUCCGUCCUAACGUUGACCAUAGCUCUCUGUGCCGCCACUGCCAACUCAACUCCAUGUCGCAAACCAAAAUGUCGACCUACGGCGACUAUAGACUCAGGGACCGUUGCGGGGACUGCCACCUGGCUUCCGUCCUCUACUCGCCCCGUCAAUAAAUUCCUUGGUAUUCCCUUCGCUGAACCUCCUGUUCGUUUUAAGGCCCCCGAACCAGUCCGGCCAUGGCAGAGAGUUUAUGACGCCUCCAGAUACAAGCCCUCUUGCAUCCAGCAGUUUAAUUACCCGGAAGAACAACGCAAUCAGUCAAUCGAAUGGUACAACACGCCUCCGCCUCCAGCCGGAGAGAGCGAGGACUGUCUAAAUCUGAAUGUCUUCGCCCCGGCGUCUCCACCCAAGGGCCCUAGGGCUGUCCUCGUCUGGAUAUAUGGAGGUUCUUACGUUUUUGGUUCCGGUUCUCUACCUCUUUAUGAUGGCUCCAGCUUUGCUGUUAAUCAAAAUGUUGUCUUGGUGACUUUCAACUACCGGACAAACCUGUUUGGGUUCCCCGGGUCGCCUGAGCUACCAGCGGCGGAGAAGAACCUGGGAUUGCUGGACCAACGGCUCGCUUUGGAUUGGGUUCGACGUAAUAUCGCAGCUUUCGGCGGUGAUGCAGAGAAAAUAACGAUUUUCGGAGAAAGUGCAGGCGGAGGAAGUGUCGAUGGCCUUAUCACCGCUCCGCCGAACCCUAUUCCCUUCCGCGCCGCCAUUAUGCAAUCUGGCCAGUCCACAGUAAGAAUGCUCGCUGCUGAUCCCGUUGCUUCAUGGGGCAAGCUUUUGGAGGCGACUAACUGCCCUUCCACAAAUGGCCUCGAAUGCGUUCGUGCUAUUCCUGCACUGGAGCUGAAAGCAAUCAUCGAACGACAACAGCUAGCAUUCGGUCCGAUGGCAGACGGCGGCGUCACCUGGGCAGAUACACCACGCCAAGAUCGUCUCGAUUCGACUGAUGAGAAAUCACUUAUUGCGCGCGUACCAGUGUUAAUGGGAAGUAACGCUGACGAAAAUCGUCCAAUCACGGUUGGCAUGAAUGACACUGAAGCAUUCCUCCGUGCGUCUUUGCCGGAUGUUCCGGGCGAAAUCAUUCAAAGGAUACUAGACACAUACCCUAUCGGUGCUCCAGGAAUCGGCAACGAACCCGAACGUCUCGCAGCCAUCCUUACUGAAUUUUCUUUCCAGUGUCUAGCAAGGCUAGUCACACAGGAUAGCGCAACGGUCGGUAUUGAUGUGUGGCGGUAUUAUUUCAACGCGAGUUUCCCGAACACGGAACUAUUUGAUGGAAGCGGAGCGUACCACGGAUUAGAGAUUAAGUACAUUUUUGGAACAUAUCCGCGAAAGGGGGCUACAAAGUUCCAGGUAAAGGUUGGUAAGGUGAUGCAGAAAGCAUGGGCGAAUUUUGCUAAGCAUCCAAACAAGGGCCCGGGAUGGAAGAAAGCUCCACGACUCGGGGUGAUCGGCGGUGGUGCCAGAGCUGGAAUAGGCGAUGAAGGGAGAAAGGUGUUUGCAACUAUAGAUUCCAAAAAUGUGGAUGGGAGAUGCGACGUGUGGGACGUGUUGUAUAACUAAUGCCGCUAGUUAGCAGUGUGAUUAAUAUCGUGUCAAUUAGGCAUAGUUAUGAAAUGUACUUUACAUAGUUUUAUAGUUUCUGCCAGCUCUCUUUCGAAAUUCCUGCUGGAUAUCCCCC